UCCACUACCCACCACCACAAGCUGCCUCACAUCUACGGUCCAUCGCAGGCGACAGCACCAGCGCGUCAUUCUAUCACUCAGGAAUUGCACUGCUCAGCAAAGGCUCCUUUGCCCACCGUGCCAUCCCCGUAGUAUCCCAGCCCUAUUGCCGGCCGCCUGUAGGGAGGAGGAUGGACUCCCGGAGUUCUAACCCUCUUCUGUCGAGUCAGAGGAGCUCGCAGCUCCAGGCGGUCCUCCAUCCUCUCGUCCUUCUCACGAUAUCCGACUACAUCACGAGACAUACUCUGCGGCAGCAGACGGGUCCCAUCGUUGGCGCCCUCCUUGGCCAGCAGAAUGGCCGCGAGAUCACGAUCGAGCAUGCCUUUGAAUGCCACACCCUCCCGGCGCCAGCCGUCGAGGGGCGUUACCUCCUCGACACGGAGAAAUUCUCACUGAGAUUAGAGCAGAUGACCCAAGUCCACAAGGAGCGGCAGCUGGAGUUUGUCGGCUGGUACACGCUCCUCCCACCCACCGGCCCGACACCGACGGUCCUCCCCAUCCAUGAACAAAUUCUACGGGACUGGAACGAGUCCGCGAUACUGUUGGGCUUUCAUCCCGAGGAGGUCGUGAACCAUUCAGUCGGCGGCAAGCUGCCACUCACGGUAUACGAGAGCAACUACGAAGUCGACGAGCUCAAGGGCGAUCAAGAUGGCGAGGACCGAAAAAUGGACGACGGCGAGUCGAAGCUCAAGCUCAAGUUCCGCGAGGUGCCAUAUUCGGUCGAGACAGACGAGACGGAGAUGAUCAGUAUGAACUACGUAGCCUCUGGGGGGGGCAGUGCUGCGGUCGCGUCCGCUCCUUCGAAAGAAGAGCGCCCUACACGGUCUGUCGAGUCCAACGGCAAGGGAAAGCGACGACUUGUCGAAAGCGAAAACGAGGACAGCAAGGGGCAGGCGCUCGACGAAGACAAUGUCCCUUUGACUCGAGAAGAAGAGGAGACGCUCGCCUCGCUCACUACCAAGGCCAACGCCAUCAAAAUGCUACACUCUCGCAUUCGACUGCUUGUGGCGUAUCUAGAGCAUUUGCCAUCGUCGUUUGUCAAUGGUCUGACGACCGAUGAUGACAGCAUGGACACGGAAUACAGUACGGUCCCCUCUUUGCCGAUCUUGCGGCAGAUUCAGGCCCUGGUCAGCCGACUGGACCUGAUCAUCCCGUCUGACAAGGACGCCUAUGAACGGGAAAUUCGCCAGGAGACCAACAACGUCCACCUAGUCGGCCUGCUCAAUCAAAUGAUGCAGGGCGUGACUGAGGCGCGCCACGUGGGCAAAAAGUUUCACAUCAUCGAGGCGGCCAAGUCGACGGGCCGGCGGGGCGCACCAGACUUUCAAGGAGGCUCGUCUUUCAACUUGCCGGGAGCGGGGGAGCUGCUCAUCUAGAAAAGAAGAGCAGGCCCGUGUGAGGGUGGGGGUCGGAGUACUGGGCUUGGCGGGGCGUUUCGGAGAGCAUGCCUUUAGCCUGUUUAUUGGAGUUCAACAGGAUCAUGAAGGCUGCAUGGACCGCCGUCCUUGCGCGUUCACGCUCAAUACACGGUAGUUUCACGCCAUGCGCUUAUAUGCAGUAGUUGUCCCAAGCAAGCAAAUACUAACUAGCCUUGGUUGACAUAUACGCUAAAGUGUUUACACCGGUGCUGGAACUGAUGACAGCUUCUCAG